AUGAGCAGCUUAUUUCUACUGAGGAAAUCUUCCUCAUCUAAAAAGCUCACUCUCGCUGCUUUCAACAGUCUAUUCUCUGGGAAAUUGAUUCCCGGAAAUUCCCUUAUUUCUCCCAAAAUUCAUAAUUAUGUCACCACUUCUAGAGAAAAGGCACAAGUGCCUUCAUCUGCACCGUUUUGUUCAGCUACGAGAUGUUUUCACGCGGGCCGGGCCUUAAGGGCUGAGUAUGCAGUGGCUGAUUUAUCUGAUGCCGAUGACAGGAGAGGGUUGAGUGGAGUUAUGGAUGAUGGGCUUGAGAUCGCGAAGCUUGGGAUUUCGCAAGAGAUUGUCUCCACUUUGGCUCGUAAGGGUAUUACUAAACUCUUCCCCAUUCAGAGAGCUGUUCUAGAACCAGCAAUGCAGGGGCGUGACAUGAUAGGUCGAGCAAGAACUGGGACUGGAAAGACAUUAGCUUUUGGCAUUCCAAUCAUGGAUAAGAUCAUUCAGUACAAUGAGAAGCACGGACGAGGAAGGAAUCCUUUGGCCUUAAUCUUGGCACCAACUAGAGAACUUGCCCGUCAAGUGGACAAAGAAUUCUAUGAAACUGCUCCUGGCUUAGAUACUCUAUGUGUUUAUGGGGGUGUGCCCAUUAUGCGCCAAAUGAGUGCUCUUGACCGAGGCGUUGAUAUCAUUGUUGGUACUCCUGGGCGAGUUAUUGAUUUGAUCAAGAGGGGUUCUUUGAAUUUAUCAGAAGUGAAGUUUACUGUUCUAGAUGAAGCUGAUCAAAUGCUUAAUGUGGGAUUUGCUGACGAUGUUGAGAUUAUCUUGGGAUACAUGACUCAGAAGCAUCAGACCAUGAUGUUUUCAGCUACCAUGCCUAAAUGGAUAUUAAAGCUUACGCAGAAGUUCCUAAAGAAUCCGGUUACUGUUGAUCUUGUGGGAGAUUCUGAUCAGAAAUUAGCUGAAGGGAUUUCCAUAUAUGCAAUUGCAGCAGAUAUGCGUGAGAAACCAGCAAUGAUUGGAUCUCUAAUAACUGAGCAUGGGAAAGGAGGUAAAUGUAUUGUUUUUACCCAAACAAAGCGUGAUGCUGAUGUUUUGGCGUAUGGCAUGCAAAGAAAUUUUAAAUGUGAAGCCUUGCAUGGUGAUAUCUCGCAAAACCAAAGGGAAAGAACUCUGUCUGGCUUCAGAGAUGGGCGUUUCAAUAUAUUAGUGGCUACCGAUGUAGCUGCUCGUGGCCUUGACGUACCAAAUGUUGAUCUGGUGGUACAUUAUGAGCUUCCAAACUCUUCAGAGAUGUUUGUUCAUCGAUCUGGACGAACUGGCCGUGCUGGGAAAAAAGGUACUGCAAUUCUCAUCUAUUCAUCCCAUCAGUACAGGGACGUCAAGGCUAUAGAACGUGAAGUUGGAUCCCGGUUUGUUGAGCUCCCGAGGAUUGUAGUUGAAGAGGGAGCUAUGGACAUGUACCGUGACAUGGAUCGUGGUAGCAGUGGUUUUGGUUCUAAUAGAAACACAGGAGGUGGCCGGUUUGGUGAUUUAGGAUUUGGCCGUUCUGGUGGCUCUGGUAAUUUUAGGGGUGGUCGUUUUGGUGGACCUGGUUCUGGUCGAUCAGGUGGUGGAUUUGGUGGACCAAGUUCAGGUCGCUCAGGCAAUUUUGGUGGUUUUGGGUCUGGCCGUUCAGGAGGUUUUGGAGACUUGGGUGGUUCAGAUCGGAACAGUGGCUUUGGAAACCUUGGUGUUCCAAGUCGGCCAAGUGGUUUUGGGGAUUUUGGUUCAGGUCGUUCUAGUGGAUUUGGUGAUUCAAAUUCCAGACAAAAUACCCGGGAGGAGAUUUUUCUGAAGCUAUUCGAGGAUAAUUUGAAAAAUCAUAAUAUCAGAUGUGAAGAUUAUGAAAGGCGGUUAUCUAGGAUGAACAUUGCCGCAUUUGGUAAACAGCUUCUGGUUUUGAAGGGCGCAAACCAUAAUCACAAAUCACAAGCCAAAGGAAGAGCAGAGAAUGGCUACAACUGCAUGCUUCUUGAAUCCCAAUGUACUCUCUACCCGCACCAGAUCUUCUUCUCAAGGUUGGCUCUCACUGUUCUAAUUGGUGCUGCUGCUAUAGGCUCCAAGGUUUCCCCUGCCGAUGCAGCCUACGGCCAAGCCGCUAACAUUUUUGGGAAGCCAAAGGAAAACACAGAUUUCUUGCCUUAUGCUGGAGAGGGAUUCAAGUUGUCAAUUCCCUCAAAGUGGAAUCCAAGCAAAGAAAGAGAGUUCCCUGGUCAGGUUCUGAGGUAUGAGGACAAUUUUGAUGCCACCAGCAAUGUAUCCGUUAUGGUCACCCCUACUGACAAGAAAUCUAUCACUGACUUUGGUUCCCCUGAAAAAUUCCUUACCCAGGUGGACUAUCUCCUAGGAAAACAAGCCUACUUUGGGAAAACCGAAUCAGAGGGUGGAUUUGAUCCCAAUGCUGUGGCAACUGCAAACAUACUGGAGACAGACACCCCAGUUAUUGGUGGGAAACAGUACUAUUUCUUGUCGGUGCUGACAAGGACGGCCGAUGGAGAGGAGGGCGGCAAACACCAAUUGAUCUCAGCCAGUGUGUCUGAUGGGAAGCUUUACAUUUGCAAGGCUCAAGCUGGAGACAAGAGAUGGUUCAAAGGUGCAAGGAAAUUUGUGGAGAGCGCAGCAACUUCAUUCAGUGUUGCUUGA